AUGUUGCGCCGCCGCGCGGGCAAGGACGACACCCCGUCCAUCGACGGCAACAACCGGGAUCUGAAAUCACAGACAGAAGAGGACAAGCUUCGCGCGGAAUUUGAUGGCGUGAAGGUCAAGCAGCUGGUGAUUCAACAACCGCGGCGGAGCAAGCGUCGCAAUGGGCUGAUCUUCGCGCUGGGCGGCCUCUUCGGCAUCUUCAUUGCGGUGUUUUUCGCGAACCAGCAGGAAGUCAUUAGCUUGGAGUCGCUGUUGGACUUGAAUCUCGAUACCUUGAUCGAUGCCAUUCCACAGGCAAUUAUGAGUGAUGCGAAGGAGUUCUCGCAACAUGAGCGCGACGCCGUCAAUUACGAUUCUUUCGCAAUCGGCCUACACCUCCGAUCACAAGGUAUUGAAGCAAAACACCCUGUCGUGAUGAUCCCUGGAGUUAUUUCCACGGGCCUCGAGAGUUGGGGAACGGGAGAUACUUCGCGUCAAUACUUCCGUAAGAGAUUAUGGGGCAGUUGGAGCAUGAUGCGGGCACUGGUUAUGGACAAGGCAGAAUGGAAGAACCACGUCAUGCUUGAUCGUGAGACUGGCUUGGACCCGCCCGGUAUCAAGCUGCGUGCGGCCCAGGGCUUCGAUGCGACCGACUUCUUUAUCACGGGAUACUGGAUCUGGAAUAAGAUCUUGGAAAACCUAGCGACAAUUGGCUAUGAUCCAACAAACGCUUUCACGGCCGCAUACGACUGGCGGCUCUCAUACCCGAACCUGGAAGUCCGCGAUCAAUACUUCAGUCGGCUCAAGUCAUAUAUCGAGACCGCGGUGCAGGUGCAAGGCGAGAAGGUCACUUUGACAUCGCACAGUAUGGGGUCACAGGUCGUGCUAUACUUUUUUAAGUGGGUAGAGAGCCAAGAGCAUGGCAAGGGCGGUAAGGACUGGGUGAACAAGCAUAUCGACUCCUGGAUCAACAUCAGCGGAUGCAUGCUUGGUGCUGUUAAAGGCUUGACGGCUGUGCUAUCAGGAGAGAUGCGUGACACAGCGCAACUAAAUGCCUUUGCUGUAUAUGGACUUGAAAAGUUCCUGUCCAAGGAAGAGCGAGCUGAAAUCUUCCGCGCCAUGCCAGGCAUUUCUAGCAUGUUGCCCAAGGGCGGCGAAGCUGUAUGGGGUAACGCAACGUGGGCGCCGGAUGACCAGCCAGGCCAGUUGAUGAGCUUUGGCAACCUACUUAACUUCCGCGAGACCAACUCAUCUUGGACGCGCCGCAAUCUCACCGCACCUGAGAGUCUACAGUACCUUCUGGACCAAAGCGAGGACUGGUACCGUAAUCAGGUACUGGAAAGUUACUCACACGGUGUCGCACACACCGCAGCCGAAGUUGAGGCCAACGAGAAAGAUCCUCGCACGUGGCUGAACCCACUCGAGACCCGGCUGCCUUAUGCACCAGACUUGAAGAUCUACUGCUUCUACGGCGUAGGAAAGCCCACCGAGCGCAGCUACUGGUACCAGGAGGAGAUGGACCCGCUAGUCAAUCUCAACGUCAGCAUCGAUACCACUGUCACAAUAGAUGAAAAAGUUGACCAUGGUGUCAACAUGGGUGAGGGUGAUGGCACUGUGAACCUACUUAGCACGGGCUACAUGUGUGCCAAGGGCUGGCGCAUGAAACGGUAUAACCCAGCCGGCUCAAAGAUUAAGGUCUUUGAGAUGCCACACGAACCGGAUCGCUUUUCGCCUCGCGGCGGACCUAACACUGGUGACCAUGUCGAUAUUCUUGGUCGUGCCUCAUUAAAUGACCUUAUCCUCCGUGUAGCCGGCGGCAGAGGCGAUGAAAUCGAGGAGACCUUUGUGUCUAAUAUCCGCGAGUACGCGGACCGUGUAAAGAUCUUUGACGACAAAUAG